AUGCAUUCCUCAACUGUCAUCGUUCUGGCUUGUCUCGUAGCAGUCGUUGCAGCGAGCGUGCACUAUGAAUAUCCAGAACAAAAUGCACAACAAGUACAAGACAUCCACGAGUCACUGUUAGAGACACCAGUGCACGAGAGAAGCGCUAGAACGAAGAGAGGUCUGCUGUUGCUUAAAAAGAAACUCAUCCUUGGGGCUUUAGGUUUGAAAGCAGCGAAGGUGGGCGCAGUGGGCGCAGGAGUAGUCGGAGCGCUCGCACUUAAGAAACAGUCAGUACCCCGAAGAGUUGUAAUUCAAACUGACCCACGUCAUGCGCCUAAAUACGUCGAAAUUGAGAGCUGGUCCGGU